UGUUCCUACUGUUCAGCUGAAAUGUUCCUUGUCUUGGUUCCAUCCAAGUCCUCUCCAUUUGAGCCCAUUGCACCAGCUACAUUCACCCAACCCUUGCACCACCACAGGGGCCCAUCUAACCUCACCCUGGGGCAGGGCUGUGGUGUGUGUGCUGCAAAUGGCACAUCCCAACCCCCGCUUUUUGUUUCCCAAGGCCUAUGGUGGUGAGGUGAUGGGGGAUGAUGAUCCCAGCAAAGCAUUGGCGCUUUUCCGGCACCCUGUCAGACUUUUCUGGCCAAAGUCCAAGUCCUUCGACUACCUGUACAGCGAGGGCGAGAAGCUGCUGGAGAACUUCCCAGUGCAAGCCACCAUCAACCUCUAUGAGGACUCUGACAGCGAGGAUGAGGAGGAAGAGGAAGAGUACGGGGGGGAUGAAGGUCAGGUUGAGGAUAUGGGGAAGCAGGCAGGGGAGAUGGUGCUUUUGCAGGGGUAGAUGCCUGCCAGCCCUGUCUGAAAUGAACCCUGAGGCACCCAGCACAUAUAGGAAAGACCCAGCCAUAGUGGCAAAUGGUGGCCCCCUUCUCUUGCAGAGCUGAGACUUCACACUGGCUGGUUGAGAAGUGGCUGUCACCCACAGGGGUCCCUCCCACUGGGGGCAUGCAUGAGUGCAAAGGGAAUCUAGCAGACCUGGCCAUUUUCUAUUGCAGUACUCAGGACUUAACCCAAAGCAGCUGGCACUGAGAGGGGAAAUCCGCACCAUGGUUGGAAGUGGGAGGGGGAACAGCAUUAGUAGGUCUCCAGCAGGGGGUGCAGUUCACUGCAGGGUGUUCCAGGAGUAGGCAUUUGUAGGCAUCACAGCAGGGUGUGCCAACAUCUCUGCUAAAAGUGUAAGGCCCCAUUUGUGCUUCAGAUUAUGACCACUCCUGAGCAUAUCCAAUGUCCUGUGAGAGGUGUGUCUGGGAUGGGCCUGUCCUGUUGUACCAGAGCCUUUCUGAGAGGGUCAGGGAGAAGAGUGAGGGCCCGGAGCCCUGCCUGGAAGGUUGUGGGUUGUGGGGUCCAGGCAGAGCUUGGAAGCUCCCACACUUACAUUGGGCCUGAGCCUUGCUAUUCCAAUGGCUAAUGUGUAUGUUGGGCCGAGGCAUGCAAUAAAGUGAAAG